AAAUGAGUUAAUUUCAAAUGUCAAAUUGCAUUUUCAGAAACAAAAUUUGCUUGUAAUCGUGUAAAAACAAAAAUUGUUAAAAAUGCCAGACCAUUUAGGAAAUGAUAUGCGUAAAAUAAAAGAUGAAAAAGAAGAAAAGGAGAUUAAAGCACUUGAUGAAGGGGAUAUUGCGUUAUUAAAAACUUAUGGACAAGGGCAGUACACUAAAAGCAUUAAAACAGUCGAAGAAGAUAUACAAACUAUUAUAAAACGAGUGAACGAACUAACUGGCAUUAAAGAAUCAGAUACGGGUCUUGCUCCUCCCGCCCUCUGGGAUUUGGCGGCCGAUAAGCAGACCUUACAAAAUGAGCAACCCCUACAGGUAGCUCGUUGCACGAAAAUCAUUAAUGCUGACACCGACGAUCCGAAGUACAUAAUUAACGUUAAACAGUUCGCCAAAUUCGUUGUGGAUUUAGCCGAUUCGGUUGCACCCACAGACAUCGAGGAAGGAAUGAGAGUUGGAGUGGAUCGCAACAAGUACCAAAUUCAUAUACCACUACCACCGAAAAUAGACCCCACUGUUACCAUGAUGCAGGUGGAAGAGAAACCGGACGUGACGUACAGUGAUGUAGGUGGAUGCAAGGAGCAGAUUGAUAAAUUGAGAGAAGUUGUUGAAACGCCCUUAUUACAUCCAGAAAAAUUCGUCAAAUUGGGUAUCGAGCCUCCAAAGGGCGUUUUGUUGUUCGGUCCGCCAGGUACGGGAAAGACCCUAUGUGCUCGAGCUGUGGCCAAUCGUACGGAUGCCUGUUUUAUUCGAGUCAUUGGCUCUGAGCUGGUACAAAAAUAUGUCGGUGAAGGCGCUCGUAUGGUACGUGAAUUGUUUGAGAUGGCCCGUUCUAAAAAGGCUUGUCUAAUUUUCUUUGAUGAAAUUGAUGCAAUUGGCGGUGCCAGAUUUGAUGACGGAGCUGGCGGGGAUAAUGAAGUCCAACGUACUAUGUUGGAACUUAUUAACCAAUUAGACGGCUUCGAUCCUCGCGGCAACAUCAAAGUAUUAAUGGCAACCAAUAGGCCCGACACUCUUGAUCCUGCACUGAUGCGACCGGGACGUCUUGACCGUAAAGUAGAGUUCGGUUUGCCAGAUUUGGAGGGCCGCACGCAUAUAUUUAAAAUUCACGCUCGUUCGAUGUCCGUGGAAAGAGACAUUCGAUUCGAAUUGUUGGCCAGAUUAUGCCCUAAUUCGACCGGCGCCGAGAUUAGAAGCGUUUGCACAGAAGCGGGAAUGUUUGCUAUUAGAGCACGUAGGAAAGUCGCAACCGAAAAGGACUUUUUAGAAGCCGUAAACAAAGUUAUUAAAUCUUAUGCGAAAUUUUCCGCUACUCCAAGAUAUAUGACUUACAAUUAAUUUAUUUUCUGUGCUUAACAACGUGUAAUUUGAAUUGCUAUAAUGUGUUUUACUUUUUCUAUUACACUAUUUAUCAUUU